AUGGGCUCCAUCGACCUCCCCAUCACCAUCGGCAAGUAUCCACAGCAGUCUACCAAACUCCGUACUUUCCUUAUCAUCGACUGUCCUUCUGCUUACAACAUCAUAUUAGGGCGCACCGCCCUUAAUGCCCUUCAAGCCGUAACAUCCACAUACCAUCUGGCCAUGAAGUUUCCCACUGACCAGGGGGUGGGCAUUGUAAGGGGUGAACAAACGAUAGCCCAGGAGUGCUAUGUCGCCUCGUUGAAGAAAAUCAAAAUGAAAGAAGCUAUGACCAUUAAUGGAGUUGAUGUUAGAGAUGAGGAAGAGUUAGUUAGAGGGGAACCAGUAGAGGAACUUGUCGAAGUACCUGUCCAUCCUACCGAUCCAACGAAAACAACUAAGAUUGGCAACCAGCUGUCCUCUCAGGCCAAGGCCGAUCUCACGGCUCUCUUAGCCAAGCACAAUAAUGUAUUUUCUUGGACCCAUUCAGACAUGCCAGGUAUUGACCUUUCUUUUAUUACCCAUCGUCUAGGCAUUGAAUCGCAAUUUCGAUCGUUCCGCCAAAAACAGUGCAUUUUUCAUCCGAAACGCAACAGCCUCAUUGUCGUUGAGCUUGACAAGCUGCUGAAGGCACAGUUCAUUAGAAACGUGGACUAUCCCAGAUGGUUGUCCAAUGUGAUCUUGGUCCGCAAAAACAAUGGCGAAUGGCGACUCUGCGUCGACUAUUCCGCCCUCAACCAAGCUUACCCCAAAGACAGCUACUCCCUUCCCAGGAUAUAUUUAUUGGUCAACGCAACUUUGGGACAUCAGAUCCUUAGCUUCAUGGAUGGUUUCUCCGGCUAUAAUCAAAUCUUAAUGCACGUAGUCGACCAGGAGCACACCUCUCUCAUCAUUGACAAGGGGACUUAUUACUACCGUAUCAUGUCGUUCGGUUUGAAGAAUGCUAGAGCCACUUACCAACGCCUAGUUAAUGCCGUUUUCCAACACCAGAUAGGUCAGAACAUGGAAGUCUACGUCGACGACAUGCUCGUCAAGAGCAAACUCCCCUCCGAUCACUUGGCAGACCUACAUGAGACUUUCCAAACCUUGUUCCAGUAUCAGAUGAAGUUGAAUUCAGAAAAGUGCGCCUUCAGCGUUGGGUCUGGCCCCCCCUCACCAGGUCACGACACCAUUGAGGAGGAAGAUCCCCAUUCCUGGACUCUUUGUGUCGAUGGUUCAUCCCGCAAAGAGGGUAGCGGAGCCGAUUUAAUCCUCACCACCCCAGAAGCAGAAUACUUCAAAUGCGCCUUCCAAAUUCCUAUUUACAGCAUGCAACAACCAGGCCGAAUAUGA